AUGUCAAUUAAUAACGUGACUUUUCGCUAUAAAACAAACCGUGUUUUGGCUAAUAUUUAUGCGCGAAUACCUGAAAACAAGAUCUACGGUUUGCUGGGGCCGAGUGGGGCCGGGAAGACAACCUUGCUCAAAUUGAUUCUGGGUCGGAUACAUCUGCAAAGUGGCUCAAUCACUGUAUUGGGCACUCAAUGUGGCCGUAAUAAUAGGCUCAUCGGUUAUAUGCCUCAGGAUUGUGCUCUAUGUCUUCAAUUGACUGUAAAGCAAACACUUUUAUAUUUUGCUAAUUUAUAUCACAUUUCAAAGAGUAAAUUCAAAGACAGAAUUCUAGAAUUAAAUACAAAGCUAGGACUUCCAAAUAUGAGCAAAUCUGUUGGCCAACUGUCUGGUGGGAAACAAAGACAACUGUCUCUGGCGUUAGCACUCCUACAUCAGCCCAAACUGUUAAUUCUUGACGAACCGACGGUGGGAACUGACCCCGAGUUGGGCGACAAGAUAUGGCGCUAUUUGCAC